AUGGCUUCGAAAGAGUCCCCUCCCUUCAAAAGGGUCGUUAUUGUGGGAGCCGGGUUUUCGGGCCUGGCAAUGGCCUGCCAGCUGAAACAGAAACUGAGAUGCCACGACUUUGUGAUCUAUGAUAGAGGAGCUGGGUUCGGCGGUACCUGGUUAUUCAACACCUACCCAGGUUGUGGCGUUGAUAUUCCCGCCGUGUUAUACAGCCUCUCCUAUGCGCAGAACCCAGACUUCUCAAACUUCUUCCCCAAACAGGAUGAAGUCCUCCAAUACAUGAAUGACGUGGUGGACCGUUUCGAUUUGUCCGGCCACUUGGUCGGCAAUACCGACUGGAUAGGUGCUUCCUGGCAAGACGACACCAAAGCCUGGCUGGUCAAGCUGAAGGACCUAUCCAGCGGCCAGGAGUACGUCCAGCGCUGCAGCAUACUCAUUUCGGCCGUGGGAGCACUGACGAACCCUAAUCCGUUCUAUGCUCCGGGCAUCGACCGCUUUCAAGGAAACAUCAUCCACACAGCCAGAUGGGACCACAGCGUUUCGCUGCGAGACAAAGACGUGAUUGUGAUUGGCAAUGGAGUUGGUACCCGCCGUAGCAGGAGAAGUCCGCUCUAUCACGCAAUUCAUCCGGGUUGGUUCCCUGUCCCCCAGGUUUGGCGAAAUGUCGCUAAUCAACCGUGGCAGUCAAGUCAAUACGUCCUCCCUGGGGGAGACAACACCAUAAUUACUCCAUUUUGGCGGACAGUGUUCCGCUACCUACCCGGCGUUCUGCGCUCUCUUAGGCUCCUCACCUUCCUGUACCUCGAAACGUCUACUCCCCAGUUCGACACGACCGAGCAAGGAGCAAAAAUGAGAACACAGACUGCGAAAAUUAGCGAGCGCUAUAUAAAGGCAACGGCACCAGCGCAUUACUGGCCGCUUUUGAUGCCCGAUCAUGAGGUUGGAUGCAAGCGAAGAGUCUUCGACCACAACGGCUACAUCGCAUCGUUGAAUCGAGAGAACGUCCAUCUCACCGAUGACCCUAUUGUCGCUGUUAAUGAGCGCUCCGUCGUGACCAAGUCAGGCACAACAUACCCUGCAGAUGUGAUUGCACUAGCCAACGGCUUCGCUCUGACCCAGUUCGAUGCCGAUCUGCGAGGCCGCCAUGGACGCAGCCGAAGCGAGCACUGGAAGGACGUAGGUUACAUAGAAGCCUUCCACUCCAUCGGCAUGGCUGGAUUUCCCAACUUUUUCUACAUCCUGGGCCCCAAUUCCGGCCGCGGACACACUUCAGCCGUUCUUUCUAUCGAGAGCUACACGAACCUCAUAUCGCGAGUGAUCAAACCAGUGAUAGCGGGGUCUGCUCUCUCCGUUGAGCCCAAAUCGUCCAGCGAGAAAGAAUACAAUGAGCGUUUGCAUGGCGCACUAGAGAAAACAGUGUUUACGAAUGCGUGUCGGAGUUGGUACAUCGACCCAAAAACGGGAUAUAACUGGGCAGUGUACCCAUGGAGCUCGUUUUACAUGUGGUGGACCACGCAGGUAGCAGGGUUGAGCGGCUGGGUUUACGAGCUUCCCAAGGGAAAGCCCAAGAGCGCAACCCGUCCUUUCCUGUUGAGUGUUGCGCUGUCGGUUUUUAUGGUGACGCUGGCUCUGUGGCUAUACGACAUCGAGCCUCUGGCCAUAUCCAGCAUCGAACCGGAUCAGUGGAUUGGUAAUAUGUCGCGAUACGUGACAUUUGAUACUUUCCAAGGGAAGCUUUGA